AUGCCUUCGGUCAACGGCAAUUCAAUGCCACCGGGCUUAAGCAAGAAUGCUCCCUGGUUAGUCCGCGAUAUAACAAUUCUGGCAGACGGGAUGGACGACGGACCCAAGCCACCGAUCAGAGACCAGCAACCUGUGCCAGCCGACGCCGGCAUGACUGAUCUUCUGGCCAAGAUGAUAGCGCUUUUGGAGGCAAUGCAGACUCCCAAGACGUCCACUGAGGUUGCUGCAGAAGCCUUAGCACGCGGAAUCACGCCGUUCACGCACGCUCCUGAGCAGAACCUUACGUUCGAUGUCUGGUUCCAGCGCUACCGAUCGACGUUCUUGGAGGACGGCAAGAAUCUCACGGAUGCGGGGCGAGUGAGGCUUCUCAUCAGGCGUCUCGAUGCCUCUUCUUAUGAGAAAUACUCCAGCAAUCUUUUGCCGCGCAACCCAUCAGAUCUCACGUUCGACGAGAGUGUCAAGUGCCUCACCAAACUCUUCGGCAAGGGAGAGUCACUUUUCUGCACGCGCAGAAAGUGCCUGCAACUCGUGAUGAGAGACUCCGACGAUCUGACGACUCACGCAGGCAUCGUCAAUCGACACUGCGAGAAUUUUCGGCUUACUGAGUGUACAUCAGACCACUUUAAGGCGAUCAUCUUCGUGUUGAGUCUCCAAGGCGACAAAUAUGUUCUUGUCAGAGAACAGCUACUCACGAAACUUGAGACAGAGCCCUCGACGAACAUCACGCUGGAUUUUAUGCUGGAAGAAGCUAAGCGCCUCCUCAACAUAAAGAGCGACUCCAGAGCUGAUGCGCCUCUGCCCACAUGUACUGAUUGCGACUCAAUUGGUCAUAAAUCCGGCUAUUGUCCACCUCAGACGAGCAAUAAAAGUGGACAGAAAUCCGGGAACAAUGCGCAGAGUAAAAAUGCAAAACGUCGCAAUACUUCCAAGAAGAGUGGCAAAUCAAAUGCGCAGCCACGAACAAAUGCUGUGUAUUCUGCAAAAAGAUUUGGGAGGCGAUAUCUUUCCGCUGGGAUCAAUGGGCAAAUCAUCGAGUUCCAAUUGGAUUGCGCAGCAGAUUUGUCAAUCAUCUCUCGAACCACGUGGGAAGCUAUUGGGAAGCCGCAGCUCUCCCCAGUUUCCAUCGCCGUGAGAGACGCCCAAGCUAAUCAGAUUCCACUUGAGGGCGAACUUGAAUGCCGGAUUAGCUUCCUGGGCAAAGAGAUUAGCGGCCGGUGUCUCGUAUCCAGCCACACCCGCACAAAUCUCUUCGGCAUCGAGUGGAUAGAAGCUUUUGGACUCUGGGGCAUUGCGCCAAAUGCCUUCUGCAACGCUGUGGAGAAAGACCUGGACACUAGGCAGGCUGUUCAGGAGCUUCAGCGAGAAUUUCCCACUGUCUUCAGCACAGAGAUGGGCCUAUGCACAAAAGCAUGUGCCACUAUCCACCUCAAGAGCGAUGCCACACCUGUCUUCCGCCCGAAGAGGCCAGUUGCCUUCCACGUGAUGAGGACAAUUGACGAGGAACUCGAACGUCUCCAGUCAUCCGGAAUCAUAUCACCGGUCGAGUUCUCAUCUUGGGCAGCUCCAAUUGUCGUGGCACGGAAGCCAAACGGCAAGAUCCGAAUCUGUGGGGAUUAUUCUACAGGACUCAACGAGGCAGUCGAGACGAAUUGCUUCCCCAUCCCGGAUCCGGAUAGCUUGUUCAGUAACUUCUCUGGCAAGCGAUUCUUCAGCCACAUUGAUCUCUCCGACGCUUAUCUGCAAAUUCCCGUCGACGAAGAGUCUAGCAAGCUCCUCACAAUCCACACGCCUCGCGGAUUGUUCCGCUUCAAUCGACUCCCUCCUGGCAUUCGUAGUGCUCCAGGAAUUUUCGAGGAAAUCGUCGAACGGAUGCUCCAGGGAAUCCCAGGUGUCAUAUCGUACUUUGAUGACAUCUGCGUGGCCAGCGCCAGCGCCGAGGAACAUUUUUCUACACUUAGAGCUGUCUUCGCGCGCCUCCAGGAAUACAAUUUCCGAGUGAAGCUGGAAAAAUACGAAAAAGGCCUGAGCCCUGAUCCUGGAAAUAUCGACGCUAUCAAGGAGAUGCCCGCGCCCAAGAAUAUUCACGAGCUUCGCAGUUUUCUUGGCGCCGUGCAGUUCUGGGGGAAAUUCGUGCCGAACAUGAGUGAAAUUCGCGCCCCCAUGGACUAUCUCCUUAAGAAAGGCGUUCGAUGGCGAUGGACGCGGGACUGUGCGAGUGCUUUUAGGCGUUUCAAGGAAAUCUUAAGCUCCAACCUGCUCUUAACGCACUACGACCCGAAUAUGCCGAUAUUUGUUGCCUCCGAUGCUUCUUCCCACGCAAUUGGGUGUGUUGCGUAUCAUAAACUCCCGGAUGGAAGUCUGAAGGCCUUCUAUCAUGCGUCCAGGAAGCUCACAGACACCGAAUCUCGAUACAGCCAGAUCGAGAAAGAGGCUCUAGCGAUCAUCUUUGCAGUGAAGAAGUUCCACCGCUAUAUCUACGGGCGGAAAUUCAACUUGAUGACCGACCACAAGCCUCUUGUGUCCAUCUUCGGCAGCAAAAACGGCAUUCCUGUCCACACCGCAAAUCGGCUGCAACGCUGGGCCCUCAUCCUUCUCGGAUACGACUUCGAGAUUCAGUAUAUGCCCACGGACAAAUUUGGGCAUGCUGACGUGCUCUCUCGACUCAUCUCGGCGCAGAGGCGUGAUCAGGAUGAUGAAGUAAUCAUCGCGCAGAUCGAGUCAGAGGAGGCCCUGGACGAUGCAGUCACUCGAGAUGCAGCAUCACAACUUCCGGUUGACUACAUGAUGAUUAACCGCGCUUCUCAGACAUCACGGACGCUCCAAGACGUCGCAAAAUACAUCAUCGGUGGAUGGCCAUCCACGGAGAAGGCCAUAAAGUCCAGGGAAGUUGCGCAAUACUACAAGAUUCGUGAUGCUCUCUCGUUAAUAAAAGGUUGCGUAUUUUACAGGGACAGACUGGUGAUUCCUGAGGCGUUCCGAGACAAAAUCCUGAAGCAACUACACGGAGCUCACCCAGGCAUGUCGCGCAUGAAAUCCUUGGCUCGAGGAUAUGUAUUUUGGCCUGGCAUUGACGGUCAAAUUGAACAGCGUGUCCGGAACUGCCAGGAAUGCGCCGCCGCCAGUAAAUCCCCUGUAAAAUCGCACCUUUCUUCAUGGCCAUUGGCGACAAGAUUCUGGCAAAGAAUCCAUGUCGACUAUGCCAAAUAUAAGACGGACUACUUUCUGCUCAUCGUGGAUGCCUUCUCAAAGUGGCCUGAGAUCUUCAAGACAUCAACGAUGACCGCGAACGUGACCAAGGACAAACUGCGCGAGUGCUUCGCAAGACACGGCUUGCCGGAAACUCUUGUGAGCGACAACGGCACGCAGUUUACCAGCGAAACCUUCGGCGACUUCUGCAAGGAGCACGGCAUUAACCAUGUCCGCACGGCGUCCUACUGCCCUGCCAGUAACGGUCAAGCAGAGCGUUUUGUCGACACACUCAAACGGUCGCUGGAAAAGCAGAAAAACGUCCCUCUCGACACGGCCUUACAAAACUUCCUGGCGAACUAUCGAGUGACGCCGAAUGAGAAUUCGCCGGAAGCAAAGUCCCCAUACGAAGUGGUGUAUGGUAAGAAGGGCCGCACAAUCUUCGACCUUCUUAAGGAGCCUCAGCAGGAGCCAAUCCGACGGAAUGAGAAGAUGGAAGAGGCUUACAACCGUCGUCAUGGCACUAAAGCUCGCUCCUUUACGAGGGGGGAGGAGGUUUACGCCAAACUUUACGCUCAAGGUGGCGUAAAAUUCAAAUGGACAUCUGGAGUAGUGAUCGAGCAUCGAGGAUCCGUUAACUACAACAUCCGACUGGCCAAUGGAACUCUUAUACGCUCUCAUAUCAAUCAAUUGAGACGUCGUCAUUCCGGGGCGAAUCAAACAUCAGAUUGUUUGCCACUGCCCACUACGUCUCGAGGAUCUGGCCCUACUCCAGCCCCACUCCCGGCGCCGUCCACCCAAUCGACGCCUGGCACACCAAACAGACCGAUUACAAUAUCGCUGCCCUCCUCAACUGCCUCGGAUCAACCAUCACCGCCCGCACCAUUGACACCAGACACGCCACCAGCUCCUGCUGCUCGUCCUGCGCCUGGAACACCUAUUUAUAGACGUCAGCGCAAGUCCAUUGGAGUCCCAAGAAGGCUGGAGGAUCUGUUUUAA